AUGGCAGUCGUUCGGCCCAAAGCCCUGCUCAUCGUCAUGGGGACCCCCACCUCCAUAGUCAAGUACCCAUGCUUCAACUCUCACCUCCAGUACUCUUUUGAAAACAAGGCUUUCCUGGGCGGUGACCCCCAACCUCUAUCAGGGCUGCACACAGCCUGGGGCUUCGACCUGGGUCAGUCGACCCGCUGUGUGCCUAUCCCCCACCAGAUGAGUGUGUGCCAGGACGUGGGCUACUCGGAGAUGAGGCUGCCUAACUUGCUGGGGCACAGCAGCCUAGAGGGCGAGGUGGUUCCCCGCUCGGAGGACUGGAGACCCCUGCUGCAGACCGGUUGCCAUCCCCAGGCCCAGGCCUUCCUCUGCUCCCUCAUCGCGCCCGUCUGCCUUGACGCUUUUAUCCAGCCGUGCCGUAGCCUGUGUGUGGCCGUCAGGGACAGCUGUGCCCCAGUACUGGCCUGUCAGGGCCAAGUCUGGCCAGAGGCGCUAGACUGUGACCGCUUCCCUACCCAGGAAGACAUGUGCCUGACCCCCCACCCCAAACACAGCAACAGCCACCUCGCCAAAGCAUUGCCUAAGCCUGCAUGCCAAGCAUGUCCUUCCGUGGAGGAGCACCCUUCACUGAAGACAGUUCUGGAUGCUCUGUGCCAGGAUGACUUUGCUGUAACAGCUAAGAUGUCUCGCCGGCGCCUGCCCUCAGGGGAGCCAGAGUUUGAGGUGGAAGGCCGGGUAGAGUUUAUCCGCCAGGGCCCCCUGCUUCCCUACGACACCCAGCACCUCCUCCAGCAGUGGCUGCUCAUCAACCUGCCCUGUGCCAACGUACUGGUCCGGCCCGGCCGUGUCCAGCUCUACCUGCUGACUGGCGCUGUGCAGUCCGAUGGCACCCUAGCCCUCACCCGCCUCUUCCCCUGGCACAAGAAGAACAACAGCAUCACAAUGGCUGCACGCAAGUGGAAACACCACAGGUGUUGA